CCAUUUUGCACUUAACUAUUACAUCUUUUUUUUUUUUUCACUUUAUAAUUGCUGUGUUUUUCCAUCAUAUUAUUAGCUAUUUAACAUUGCUUAUUUAUUUUUUUUUAUAAGGACUUAUGAAUUAACUAAAUAUACAACCGCUUGUAAAGAAGGAGACGAUAAAAAAGCAGAAAUAAACAUUCAGGAAACUUCUCUAAUAAUUUGACCAGUCUAAGGCUACCUGUCGUUGGUUUAUUGGCCUUGGAGGAUUCAACGCAUACAAUUACGAAAAAUAAAAUAAUCAUUUUUUAAUGAAAUUUCUGCAAUCCUGGACAGAUUUUCAUUUCAAUAAUUCAAUCUUUUUAUAUCGGGCGUCAAGACCAAAAAAAGGUAAAAAAAAAGUUUACUUGCUCUAGUGCAGUACCCAAAAAGUUUAAAAGUUAAAAAAAAAAGUUUUUUUUUUCUUUGUGUUGUGUUCGAAAUUGUAAUAAAGUUAUAAGUAAAGUAAACAGAAAAAUAAAGUAACAAAAAAAUAUAUAUAUAUGCACACAUAAACUCAGUUUCACAAAAAAAAGUACGUAAUGUAACGUAAAGUAACGACAAAAGUUUGUUUUACGCGAAAGUUUACAAAUAUAAAAUAAAUAAGUAAUAAUAAAAGAACAUAAUGUUCUUGCCGUCGUUAUGUGUCAAAAAAUAUAAUGUCAACACGUCGAGUUUUAAAGUACAAUAUAAAAUAGUUAAAGUAUCUUAAAUAACUAAGUAAUGCAAUGGAUUAAAAAGUAUCGGAAAAAAAAAAAAAAAAAAAAAAAAAAAAAAAAAAAAAUCAAAGUCCGGGUUUUUGAUGUGUCGUAAAAUAUUUAAAGUGUUGGGAAUAGCGCGUGUUGCGUCCUCAAGAACAAGUACUGCACGAGCAUUAUUCGACACAGGCUAAAGUAAAGUUCCAGCAUGUCAGAUUCUGGUUCUGAGAAUUCUUCAGAUGGCUAUGAAGGUCAUCGUGGACGAAAAACUCCACCUGGCGGUGAUGAUGUAUCACCACGUUAUGGUCAUAAAUCAAGUCCAAAAUCACCAAUGAGUUCAGCUCCGUCUUCACCUCGUGUCAAGAGUCCAUGCUCUCCACCGGCAUCUCCAUUGUCACCCAGAGAAAGAUCUCCAAAGUCACCUAGUGAGCCUGCAUCACCGCAAUCAUCUCAAUCUCAUCAAUCGCCAAGAUCUCCACGAUCGCCACGAUCUCCAAAAUCUUCUCGUUCGAGACGUAGUUCUAUUAAGUCCGGUAGUUUAUCUCCAAAAUCUUAUCAUUCCGGUAAUUACAUUGAUUCACCGAGAUCUGAUCGUAGUUCACCACCUGCGUCUCCAAUUAAAAAUUCCGACUCUUAUAGACCUCUUAUCGGUCCAAGUUCCCCAAAAUCACCGCAAAAUGAUAGAGAUACUCCUAAAUCAUUUGAGUCUGAUCCACCUUCACCACGAUCACCGCAAUCACCACAAUCACCAAAAUCUCCCAGAAAUUCAGAAUCAAGAGACAGUUCACCUAAAUCAUUAUUAUCAGGACGCAGUUCGCCUAAAUCACCAGCUUCUGGACAAAGCUCACCCAAGUCUUCUAAGUCUGGUCGAGAAUCUACAACAAAUGAGCGUAUACAUCGAAAACGAUCUCCAAAUGAUAAAUCUGAACGAAAAAGUGAUUCUUAUAAUGAUUUAGAUGGAGAACAAAUAUCAGAUGGUGAUAUUGAUGAUGAGCCAGAGCUAAAGUCAAAACCAGCACCAAUGACACACGGAGAAGAUUUGUCAGAUGUUUCAGAUCUUGAUAGUAUGGAUGGUGUUGAAGAGGCUGAACAGAGUCGUGAUAAAAGUAAUGAUCAAGAAUCAAAUCAUUUACGCACAGAAGAGCAAAAAGAAGAUAAAGAAGAAAAAGUAUCAGUUAAUAUUGCUGAAGAAAGUGAACAGCUUGAUUUUGAAGCUGAGGAACAGUGGAAAGAUGAUCGUGAAGAUGCUGAAUCUGAGGUACCCUCUAAAGAAUUUAAAGAUACAAAAGAUAAAGAUAAAGACUCUAAAGACAAAGAUCCUAAAGAUAAAGACAUAUCAAUAGAAGCUGGUGAAAUAAAUGAUGAGAAUGGUAAAGAAGACACUGAAGAUGGUGAAAAAGUUGAAUCUGAACUUGAAGAAGGUGAAUUAAGUGAUGGUGAUGAUGCACGUCCAGAAGAAACAGAACCACGGCCAGUUUGUCGUUUUUACAAUCGUGGACAAUGUACAUGGGGUGUGAGUUGUCGUUUUCUUCAUCCUGGUGUUACUGAUAAAGGUAAUUAUACGAUGUUUGAUAUGGUAAGACCAAUGACUUAUCCACCACAUCCCAGUGGUCCUCACGAUUUUCGGCCUCACGUUGAACGACCAAAUAUACGACCAAUGCCAGGUUAUCCACCUGUUCAUCAUCCACCAAAAGGUGGUGAAGAAUUUCCAUCUGAAUCAGCUUGGGAACGUGGUCUUCGUCAUGCUAAAGAAAUGAUGCGUAAAGCAAAUAAGCGCAAAGAAUCUGAUAUGGAUUUUGAAGAAAAAAAAAUGAAUCUCAGUCUUGGUCAAGAAGAUGUGGAUCGUGAAGCAGGAUAUUACGUAAGACCAAUGAGUCCAGCCGAGCCACCAGUUGAAAGAUGGCCUCCACGAGAAGCUCCACCUCGAAGAGUUCCACAUCCACGUAUGACACCAGAAGUUUAUGAUGAGCCAGAAGGUUAUUCCUAUCCACCCUCAGGCCCUCCUGAGUAUUACCGGAGAGUUCAGUACAAAGUUGACCCACGUCCUGCUGGACCAGAGUACAGAGAACGCGUUGAACAUCAUGUUAUACCACGUGGUGCUCCUCACUCUUUGUCUCCACCACCAAUGCGUGAACGUGAACGAGAACGUGAUAGAGAGCGUGAAUAUUAUGAAAAGUAUGAAAAGAAACAUAAGAAACCAUCUAGGGAAGUGAUUGUUGAAAGAAUCCCAGUUGCUAAACCUUGGCGAGAGGAAGAACCACCACCAGUAGAACGUGGACGUGGAGAUGAAUGGGCUGAUCCAUGGAUGAGACGUAAAUCACCCAGUACCGUACGUCGUAAUCCAUCUUCUCGACGACCUAGAAGACAAUCUUAUUCAUCCGGGUCAUCAUAUUCAAGCACAAGCUCCAGUCGUAGUUCAAGUCGCAGUAGCUAUUCCUCUUAUGACUCUUUGUCCAGGUCCCGUUCCCCAUCUCCCUCAGCCCGAACCAGAACCCAUGCCAAAGGAAAAUAUCCUCCACCUUCACCUCCUGCUGUUAAUCCUUUACCAACGACGCAAUCACGGGGUGCGAUGUUGAUGAAUCCACCGGCACCAUCUCCACGUGGUGGUCCUAAAGGUUCCAUUUCACCAACUGGUACCCUUCAUCGACGAGCUGGACUAAAUCCACCAGCGCCCAGUCCUUUGAUUGUAGCACGUCAUCAUGAAAAGAGCCGAGAUAAAGCUGCACUUGCCGCCGCUGCAGUUGCUAAAGUUAUAAAAAGUCGUUCGCGAUCUAGAUCUUCACACAGUAGCUCUGGUUCAGAGAGUAGUGGAAGUAGUAGUGAUUCAAGUGAAUCGAGUUAUUCAUCAUCAUCGUCAAUUGAAGUUAGACGAAGAAAAAAUAUUUCACCUUCAACGCGUAAAGAAUCAUCUAAAAAUAACGAAGCUGCAAAAAUAAUAAAUUUGAAACCCCAAUUAGUUAAACUUAAUCUUAAACCACAAAAUAAUAUACCACCACCUAAAAAAAUUGAUCGCAGUGCAACAAUAGCCGGUAAAAAACGACCUUUAGAGUCAUCACCAAUCUCGGACACUAAAGCAAGUGUUGCUGCAGCAGCAGCUAAAGCUGCUAAAAAAGCUAGUUCACGGCGUGAAGAAUUACUCAAACAACUUAAGGCUGUUGAAGAUGCCAUUGCACGUAAACGAUCUAAAGUUUGAUUUUUUUUUCUCUCCGGGAAAUGGAGUAUAAUAAAAUUUUUUAGGUCGAUAUUAUAAAAGUGAUACUGACGACAUUGCAACUAUUAUUGUUGUAUUAUUUCGUAACUAUGCUCAUAUAAAAAUGACAAAAAAAAAUUUAAUCACAUUUAAAUAAUUAUACUGAUCAUUCAAUUUACAAUAAUAAUAGUAAGAUAAAAAAUAAUAAUAAAAAAAUAAUUAUUUGUACACUUGAA